UGGUGACCUUUGAGGAUGUGGCUGUGUUCUUCUCAGAGGAGGAGUGGGCUUUGUUGGAUCUGGGCCAGAAGACUCUGCACAGGAAGGUCAUGGUGGAGAAUGGCAGGAAUCUGACUUUUCUGGAGGGGUCAAGAAUGAGGAGGAAGAAACAGCAGAGAAGGAUGAUGGAAGCCAGACUUCAAGAGAUGAAUAAGCCAGUAACUUCUGAAUGUUGCAAUUCCCAUGGAAGUCCAGUUCAAGAACAAAGUCAUAAAGAAACCACAGACAUCUCAAUUGACAUGUCAAGAGUUGGUGCCCAACAAGCAGUAACGAAUGGGGAGAAACUGAUGGAUUCAUUGGCCUGUAGUCAGAGCUGUAGUUUGGGAAACAACAUUAUAUUACAUGAAAGAUUGGAGACAGUUGAAAAGCCACACAAAUGCUCAGCGUGUGGAAAGAACUUUAGUGAUAAAUCAAGUCUUGCUUCACAUCAAAGAAUACACACAGGGGAGAAACCAUACAAAUGUUCAGAGUGUUGUAGAAGCUUUACCCAAAAGGAGAACCUAACAUCCCAUCAAAGAAUACACACUGGAGAGAAAUUGUACCAGUGCUCAGAAUGUGGGAAAAGCUUCAGUGACAGAUCAAACCUUGCUUCCCAUCGAAGAAUCCACACUGGAGAGAAACCAUAUCAAUGCUCAUACUGUGGAAAGAGAUUCAGUCAGACAUCAAGCCUUGCUUACCAUCAAAGAACUCACACAGGGGAGAAACCAUAUAUAUGCUUAGUGUGUGGAAAGAGCUUUAGUGUCAGCUCAAACCUUUUUUCCCAUCAAAGAGUCCACUCAGGGGAGAAACCAUAUAAAUGCUCAGAGUGUGGAAAGACCUUCCGUCGAAAAGACCACCUCAUCUCCCAUCAAAGACUCCACACUGGUGAGAAACCAUAUAAAUGCUCCAAGUGUGGAAAGAGUUUUAAUCAGAGCUCACACCUUGCUUCUCAUCAGAGAACUCACACCGGAGAGAAACCAUAUCAAUGCUCUAAGUGUGGGAAAAGCUUCAGUGACAGAUCAAGCCUAGCGUACCACGAAAGAAUUCACACAGGGGAGAAACCAUAUCAAUGCUUGGAGUGUGGAAAGAGCUUUAGUCAGAGCACAAACCUUGCUUGUCAUCAAAGAAUUCACACAAGGGAGAAACCAUGUAAAUGUUCAGAGUGUGGGAUGAGUUUCAGUCAAAAGGAGCAACUCACUUCCCAUAAAAGAAUCCACACUGGGGAGAAACCUUAUCAAUGCUCAGACUGCGGAAAGAGCUUCAGCGACAGCUCAAACCUUGCUUCACAUAGAAGAAUCCACACUGGGGAGAGACCAUAUCAGUGCUCAGAAUGUGGAAAGAGCUUCAGUCAGAUCUCCAGCCUUGCUUGCCAUAAAAGAAUUCAUACUGGGGAUAAACCAUAUACAUGUUCUGAGUGUGGAAAGAGUUUCAGUGUCAGCUCAAACCUUUUCACCCAUCAAAGAAUCCACACAGGAGAUAAACCGUAUAAAUGCUCUGUGUGUGGAAAGACAUACAGUCGGAAAGAGUACCUCAUUUCCCAUCAGAGAAUUCACUCAGGGGAAAAACCAUUUAAGUGUUUAGACUGUGGAAAGAGCUUCAGUCAGACCUCAAGCCUUGCUUCCCAUCAAAGAAUCCACACUGGGGAGAAACCCUUUCAGUGUUCAGAUUGUGGAAAGAAAUUCAGUGACAGAUCAGGCCUUGCUUACCAUCAAAGAAUACACACUGGGGAGAAACCAUAUCAAUGCUCAGAAUGUGGAAAGAGCUUCAGUAGCAGCUCCAGCCUUGCUUCCCAUCAAAGAAUCCAUACAGGGGAGAAGCCUCAUCAAUGCUCAGAAUGUGGAAAGAGUUUCAGUAGACGCUCGAGCCUUGCUUCCCAUCAAAGAAUCCACACAGGGGAGAAACCCUAUCAGUGCUCAGACAGUGGAAAGAAGUUCAGUGACCAAUCAGGCCUUGCUUACCAUCGAAGAAUGCACACAAAGGAGAAAUCAUAUCAAUCCUCAGAAGGUGGAAAGAGCUUUAGUGUCCAUUCAAGCCUUGUUCUGCAUCAAAAAAUCAUUGAAGGGCAAUCCUAUAUUAAAGCUCAGAGCGUGGAAAAAACUUCACUGACAACUCAGACCUUGCUUCACAUUGAAGAAUCCAAACUUGGGGAAAGCCAUGUCUGUCCUCAGACUGUGGAUAGACCUUCAGCAUCAGCUCAGAUCUUUUUUCUCAUCAGUGAAUCCACACAGGACGAAACCCUAGCAAGCAUGCUGGCGAAGGAGACAUCCAAAGUGCAGAUGGCACUUGGGUACAUACAGAUGGUGGGCAAGAAAGGCCCUGAAGCUGAAACUGGAGUAGGAAAAGAGAUGAGUGCCAGAGAACUGUGGGAGAAAACAAGGCUGAAGAGCCUUCUGGGUACAGAUGCCUUUGGCUUUGAUGUGCAUCGCCAGCAAUUCAGGUGGUUCUGCUACCAGAAGGCCGAGGGCCCCCGAGAUGCAUGCAGCCGCCUCCAUGAACUUUGCAACCAUUGGCUGAAGCCAGAAAGGAACAGCAAGAAAGAGAUGCUGGACCUGGUGGUUUUGGAUCAGUUCCUGGCCAUCCUGCCCCCAGAGAUGGAGAGCUGGGUCCGGGAGUGUGCACCAGAGACCAGUUCCCAGGCGGUGGCCCUAGCAGAAGGCUUCCUCCUGAGCCAGGCAGAGAAGGAGAAAGAGCAGGUGCAUGGACAAUUCAUGGGGAUGUUUGCUGAGUCAGAAAAGAAUCCAUCCAAGACCUGCCAGAAUCCACAGAUCAGGACCUUCAAGCAGGAGGAUCAAACGUGGGACACCUUGCCAGGCUUUGGAACGACGUUUUCCGAGUCCUCUCCUCUUUGUCCUGGCGUGGGAGCAGCCAUUAUGCAGCCAGUUGAGACUGAGAAGGGUCCCGUGUCCUUUGAGGAGGUGGAUGUAGACUUCACCAAGGAGGAGUGGGAGCUGCUGGAUCCGGGCCAGAGGGUCCUGGCCAUAGAAGUCAUGUUGGAGAAUUUUGGGAAUGUGGCCUCUCUAGGAGAAUUUUUGACUCCCAGACCCGAUCUCAGCUCCUGCCAUGAAGAAGAAGAUGACAAAAAGGUGUUUACUCAGAGCUCUAUGGAAACAGAGAUAGAAGCAGCAGAAGGUGCCAAAAGAAUGCAAACAGGGGAGGAAAAAUAUCAAUGCCUGGAGUGUGGGAAAAACUUUAAUCAUAAUUCAAGCCUUGUUUACCACCAAAGAAUACACACAAAGGAGAAACCAUAUCAAUGCCUGGAGUGUGGGAAAAGCUUCAAGAAUCAUACAUACCUUAUUCCCCAUCAAAGAAUUCACAGAGAGGAGAAACCAUGUAAUUACUUGGAGUUUGGAAAAAGCUUUAGGAGAAGUUCAAGUCUAAUUUCUUAUCAAAGAAUGUACAGAGGGGAGGAAUCGUAUCCAUGCCUGGAGUGUGGAAAAAGCUUCAUUACUCGUUCAAAUCUUAAUGUCCAUCAAAAAAUUCACACAGGGGAGAAACCAUAUAAAUGCAUGGAGUGUGGGAAAAGCUUUCAUCAGAAAGGUGGCUUUACUUCCCAUCAAAGGGUUCACACAGGGGAAAAACCAUAUACAUGCCCAGAGUGUGAAGAACACUUCAGAAGUAAUGGACAGCUUACUUCCCAUCAAAGAAUUCACACAGGGGAAAAACCAUAUAAAUGCCCAGAGUGUGGAAAACACUUCAGAAGUAACAAACAGCUUAUUUCCCAUCAAAGAAUUCACUCAGGGGAAAAACCAUAUAAAUGUCCAGUGUGUGCAAAUAGCUUCCGUCACCGUUCAGUACUUGCUCGUCAUCAAAGAAUUCACACAGGGGAGAAACCAUAUACAUGCCUGGAGUGUGGGAAAAGCUUUCGUCAGAAAGGUGAAUUUACUUCCCAUCAAAGAAUCCACACAGGGGAAAAACCAUAUAAAUGUCUGGAGUGUGGAGAACACUUCAGAAGUAAUGGACAGCUAACUUCCCAUCAAAGAAUUCACAAAGGGAACAAGCCAUAUGUAUGCCUGGAGUGUGGAAAUAGCUUCCGUCACAGUUCAGUACUUGUUCGCCAUCAAAGAAUUCACACAGGAGAGAAACCAUAUACAUGCCUGGAGUGUGGGAAGAGCUUUAGGAGGAAAGAUCAACUAAGUUCCCAUCAGAGAAUUCACAUAGUGGUGACUGACUGAAGUGUUGGAAAAGCUUCAGUCAGAGUGACAGUCCUACUUCCCAUCAAAGAAUUUACACAGGGGAGAAGCCAUAGAAAUGCCUGGAGCGUGGAAAAGCAUUACAUCAAAGUAAAUUUGAUUAGGAAAUUAUAAAACAGUGCAAUAAAAUAUGGGGUGAAUUAAGGCUCACUGGUGCCCUAAGCACUGACCAAUCUUGGUGCCCCCCCUCCUUUCCACACUGACCCAGUCCAUUUUAGUUGUUGACCUGUCUGACCAGAUAUACAAUGCAGGUUGCAGCAAUACAAAAAUUUAUUCAUAUAACACAAUAUACUGUACAAACUAAGCCAAGGUUGGGCUACAUAAAGUUUUACAAAAAUGCAAUACAGCAUCUAUUUUAAUAUUUCACAAGUUAAAUGUAUCAAAGUUGCAAUAUUCAUGACCUGAAAGGCAUUUUUCUACAUUUCAUUUUUGCAAAAUCACUGAUAACAUCCUCAAAAUUAAUACUUCUCAGAAUGUCUGCUUUAAUUGUUAAUAUACACAGUGAGUUGAGUCUUUUGAAGCAUAACUGAUCUAUUUUUUACAUGUUUCAGUUGUGAGAAAGACAGUUGGUGAGCAUUAAUGUUAAAAAUAUUCUUAAGGCAAUUUCAA